UGUAUUUGUUUUUCUUUCCGAGCCGUCCGAGUCGAAAGCCGAUGCCGAUGGAAUUUUAUUCUCAAUUGCCCAAAAUUGAACUGCACGCUCAUCUCAAUGGCUCACUCAGCAACAGUACGCUUGCCAAGCUGCGCGAGUUUAAGUACGGCAAAGCGGAUGCGGUCGUUGGUUGCGAUGAUGGCUUUUACAAAAUUCUCAACGGCGAAACGCUUUCCCUCGAGAAGUGUUUUAAAAAAUUUCAAUAUGCGCACGAUUUGACCGACUCCUGCGAAUCACUCGAAAUGGCCACCCGGCUGGUUAUAAAGGAGUUUGCGGACGAUAACGUAAUAUAUCUGGAAAUUAGGACAACUCCCAGAUCGACGUGUAAUAUGUCAAAACGGGAGUACUUAUCCACGGUGCUUAAUGUGAUGCGAAAUAUGUCCGUAUCUCACCCAACCAUUAUGGUCAAACUGUUACCAUCGAUCGAUCGGUCCAAGGGUGUCGUUGAAGCAGAAGAAAAUGUCGCUUUGUCGAUUGAACUUGACUCUGUGUACCCUAACAUAAUCGCCGGUCUCGAUCUGAGCGGAAACCCUUUCGGAACGAAAUUUUCCGAUUUCGCGCCAGCGCUGCAGAAGGCACGGACGCACGGAUUCAAGCUGGCGUUGCACUGCGGAGAGUUUGAGGAUGAACAGGAAGUGAGAGAAAUGUUUGUCAUCGGCGUAGAUCGCAUCGGACACGGCACGUUUAUUUCUGGAGAAAAUCUUGAGUUUGCCGCCAAACACGCUAUUCCGUUCGAGUGUUGUCUCACGAGCAACGUAAAAUGCAAGACCGUCCCUUCAUACAAGGAACACCACUUUGGGAAACUCCUGAAACGAAAUCAGCCCGUGUGUGUAUGCACCGACGAUUUUGGUGUGUUCGAAACGAGCCUCUCUCGAGAAUUGGAAAUAUGCGCCAAAACAUUCAACCUUUCCAACGAACAAGUGUACAACCUUCAACUGAAAUCGGUAGACUUUACAUUUUCCAGGGAAGAGGAGAAAAUUCAGCUGCGUAGAACGUUGAAUCAGUUUAAAGCACACAUGAUUGUAGAUUUCUGAAACUAUUAUCGCAGAAGACUAGAUGAAUUGAAAAACGCUUCAACUUCACAUACUAAUUGUAAGUUUCGAUUAGUCCACACACCAUCACUCAUAAACCCUUUAAUUCCGGACCAACUAUUUCAAAACCUACUUCAGUGAGCGACAGAUAUGAGGAAACAAACAUCAAGUAAUCUGCGUUUUGCCUACUUUCAAAAAUGUUAGAUUGAUUUCGUUUGAGUUUCUUCAGGCUUUGUAACGAUGAAAAAAAUUAAGAUUUAAGUGAAAACAUAGUCGUCGCUAUCGUGUGAAAAAAAUUGAGCAUUCCAUUGAAACAAAUUUAAAAAAAUCCAAAAUCAAAUCUUUCACAGCCAUGAAUCAUUACAUGUUACCAUGUUACUGAUAUUGUAUUACUAGAUUCCUUAGAUUUUUGGGAAGAGGCUUGGGAAUUGAAAAUCAACAUUUUUUCUUAUUUUCCUUCAAAAGUUUUUGUUUUCAUUGUAUUCCGCUUUCUUUAUUUGAAAACUCAGGAAUUUGCUUUGGAAUACGCACAUCAUCGCAUGACAAAAGACUUACAGUAAAAUUCCAUUUUAUAAGUAGAAAUCUUUUAGAACGUGAUGAUAGCAUGUGCAUUUGGAAGUUGUUGAGAUGACUCUUUGGCUAGUUUAUAAUGCAAUAUCUUUGUUUUCUCUUUUCCCCAUUUGUAAAGAACUAAGCUUGUUUGUUGUAAUUAGAGGUGAUUUUUAAAUUAUGCAAACAGUGGUGUGGAUCACCAAAGUUCACCAAUCUUCCCGAACAAAACGCAUGAAAUUAAACCCAAAGCACAGAUCCUAUAGGAAUUUCCGAAAGUUGUCACUUAGCUAUAUGUUCUGUUUCAAGGAAAGCAUCGCUAUCACCCUCGUCUCAGAUUGAUUUAGAUGAAGAUGCACAAAGAUAGACAACUCUCAUUGGCUUAAAUCUCCUGUGGCGCUUAGAUGCAUCAUUAACGUAACGUGAAUUUUACAUUUUAUCUGUUGUACAUGUGAUCUUCCAAACGCAACGGAACAGCACGGACAUUACACCGGAGAUGGGCACCCCACGUAACGGAAAUUAUAUCUGGUGACAGUACUUCGUCCCACUUCUCUAAUUUAAUAUCUGGCCAUAAACUGCAUCAAAAUGGAGGCUCCUUAACAACAUUAUUGAAAGUCGCCCAAAACCUUCAACGCUAGCAUACCAAUCAUUUGCACAUCUCUAAAUUCUAAUUGUCUGGUUCCCUUUGGUAGCAUGACGGCACAGGAUAAUACAAGUACAACCCACUA